AUGAACGAACUGGUUUGUGUCGCACGUGUCUCGCGCGAUACCAUACCCAUGUACUGCACUAUUCACUCAUUAGGACUAGCUCCUUUCUCGUACAACCUUACAACACACUCGUACAAUCCACUUUGUUUGGAUCUCAAUACCUUGUCGACUCGCUUACCGUAUGACCCCUUCUCAGCUCAUGCAAGAGUUUGUGCUUUCGGCUCGAUACGUCCGCGGAGGAGCUUGAGCGUAGACGUAAAUUUCCCCCUGCUUACAAUAAACCUAGCGUGCGUUGCAGACCCACAGUGGCGUUAUGGCCCCUGCAGGAUAGCUCCGUCGAACUCGCCGGGCCGCCGCAUCCCAGCUUUAGGACGCGAUGUCACUCACCUUCUUUUUAUUUCCAAACCUUGUAGAAAGGACCUGGAAGAGCUGUCACGGCGAGACCGAUGUCGCGAAGCCAGCGGUAAAACCGCGCUCCGCCCUUACGGGUUGUUCGAAAAUUUCUUUUUGCCUCAACACGUUGUCCUUAACCCGAAUACAUAUUUCCAAGCUUCUUCGAUUUCCCUUCGCGUUGCAAAAGCUGCCGCUGACCCCCCAUUUCAAAAUCUCACUCUUAAUUCGCCACGAACAGCUACUAACCCAACUCACCUGCACUCACAUUCAGACAGCACUGAGUCACACCUCGGUGGUGGCAGCCGUGGCGUUCUGGACUGCGCCUCAUCGCUCAGCCGCACCACCGGGGCUGGUACUUCUCUGUCGCCAUCAUGCUUCACACGAACUCGGUUGGAAAAGCCUCUAAGCAGAACAAUGUGGCCUCUCCUUGCGCUCUCUGCCUCCCUGCACUUCGCUCAAUUGGUUGCGGCUGAGCCAGUCGCACCUGGGAACUGCACACUCCCCCCAACUUCACCACUACGCUUCAGCGACGACUGCAAGCUUCUAUGCCGUUCUGCGAGAUGGACCGAUGUUCUAAUAUUCUAUCUCGGCAACUAUGCCGCACACGCCGCAACUACCAAGCGCUCUCCAGGCGAGUCUGUCUAUUCCUCGAUCAAUUCCAUUAUUGCGGCUCUCUUCUUUCCAACCUCCGGAGUCGUCCGCGGCACGAAGGCGAUCUUGAGCGGAGCUAUCUUUGCAAACACGGAGCUUCAAACCGCCGCGAAGGCGGGGGCAAUCUACGCUGUUAAACGUUUCUCCUCCCCGGAACCCUGGUUCCCCGACGGUGUAUGUCUCGAACCACCGACAGUACGAAAACGGGAUCUAGUCAUGAAUUUCACAUCUCUCAAGAUCCAUGGCAGAAUCUCAUUGCCCGCGUCAUGGUACCUAGAGCCAGUAAAAUCAGAUACCGAGUUCGAAAACGACACACCCAGACCAGGUGGAAUCUUCGAACCCUUCAAGUCACCUUUCCGCCGUCCAGACCAACGACGAGUACGACUGGCGAAUUCCUACAGUGCUGUCAAAUCUAUCGUUGCACUCAUCCAAGCUUAUUUCGCCAUCGCUACGCUCUAUCGUUCCCGCGGUACCCAGAUCGACAGGUUCGGAUACGCCGCUUUUGGAUUGACAGUUGCACCAUAUGCUUUCAUGUCUGUUGUCAAUCUCUUCGGAAACUUGAUCUGUCCAGAAUAUCCCGCUGUAUUCAUUGUCGAAAACGCUGAAUUAGACCGGCUGAGAGAGUGUAUUGCCUCUGCUGGGAAGCAAGAGGAGUUCUUCGUUGAAGGUACCGUAGGCAGAAUUACCUUGGCAUCGGACCAGCCCAUAAUUGAUGACCCCGAAAUUGAACGUGCCAGAUUUGAACGUUCCCUCAAAAGAUUGUGGGUCAAAAGGAUCCCGAAAGACAUCGCGAAAGACAUGAUCGCCAUCCCCGCUCUGACAGGGGCAGUCCCGAUAUCAAUAGUCGGCGGUCUAUCCGGAUUCAAAGAAGGCCAAAGCACACAUUCACAGCGUGUUUGGACAAUGACAUGGUUGGUAUUUGGCAUUUUUAUGGGUGUUAGCUGCGCAAAAUAUCUCCGACCUACUGGAGAAAGUACCCCGCUUCAAUUCCUUUUUAUAUUCUUCGCGGUACUCACAUAUGGUGUAUCAGCUGUGGGAGGCUUUGUUGUUGUGGGUCAAAUGAUCACUCAAUAUGGCACAUGCGUCAGCGUUCGCUCCGCACCACUCCGCCAUGACAACAAAAAUGUACAAAUAAUCAACCAACGGAUCAUUCGCGUGGGGAAUAGUAUAUAUGCGAUACUGUGGCCGGCGCCAAACGUUACUGACGUGCUGCUAACUGAAUUCGGCGAGGGAAUAUCCCUAUCAUUAUCAUUCCGCAACCGCCCCAUAUCUCGCGGGAGGUGGAAGGGUGGCUUUCUAGAGUGGCAAGCCGAGGUCCUUGUAAACAAUACCACCCGACCGUUACCCAAAGACCUAAUUGCGGUGCAGCUGAAUCGGCAUGACCCCAUACCCGGUCUCCACGUGGGUAAUUCUUCCACCGGCACGAUUAUAUUAGCAAACGGAACGACAAGUAAUGGAACGAAGAGCGUUACAACAUCAGUCAUUGAAUGUAACGUUGGCUGCUUCAAUGUCCUAUCUAUUGCUUCUAUCCUAAUGGUUAUUGCUAGUCUAUUUCACCCCGUUAUUCAUUACUCUCUCACCCUAGAUAUCUCGAGCCUCGCGACUAGGAACAAUCUAUAUAUACCGCUUCUCACUGCCGGAACUUCGUGGAGGCGUACGACCGUGCCGAACUCCCAAAGAGCAUGA